CGUUUAGUUUAAACAGUCGUGAAUUAUUGUGAAAAAAGUACUUUAGAUAUAAUUAUGUGCGUGUUUUUAUAUUAGUCGUUUCAUAAUUCAUUGAUUUGUAAUUCAUAGUUAGUUUUGGAUCGGUGCUAAUAUGUGUAUAUACAUAAAAACAUACAUGUGAAAAGUGUCAUUGUUUACGAUUCAACGGUGUGAAAAAGUAAAUCGAAGAAUGAAUAAUAUGAUCUAUAUUUAUGAGAAAAUUUGUAUUUAGAAAGUUAAAGGAAGAAGAUUAUAACAAGUUCCUCAAAUUGCUAUUUGGUAAUAUUUUGUCCUGCAUAUUUAUAUGCGGGAUAUAAAUAGAUUCAAAAACAGUGCUUCAAAAUUUAUUCGCCGACGACUUUUGACGCCUCUCGGGCGUUUAAGCUCGAGGAGGAUUUCGUAGGGAGUUGUGUGACAAUGUCGAUGUAUUCAACAACGGAUAAAAUGAAAAUGUCUGCUCCUACCUGCUUUCCUGGCCGAUACAGCCCUACUUAUAGGGGUCCGGAUCAGAUGAGGAGAUGUAUGCCGAAUCCUUCUACCCGUAUUUUAGAAGACGCUUCCCUUUUAUGCAAUUCUUGGUCGGCUCGUCAGAAUGGUGAUAUAUUUGCGGGAAUUAAUGAUGGUAUCCUUAGUAGGGCGGAAGCACUGGCGGCGGUGGAUAUGGGUAAACAUCAAACCACACAUCACCACAGUCAAAUGCCGGGUCAAAUAAAACAUGACGUUAUGUACCAUCAUCAUAGUAUGGCUGGACCUCCGCAACGACCAUUGCAGAUGCAUCAUACGAUGGAUCAAUUGGAUAUGUUGGACCCUACGGGGCCAAUGACAACGUUAGCGCCCAUGUCAGACACAUCAUUAGCGCCGACUCAUCAGCACUUACAUGGGUCGUAUCAUAGUAUGAACCAUAUGAUGAGUCAUCACCACCCUGGCGGUUUAAGUGGCCACUCUACAAAUCAUGGACAUUCUGCAGUACAUCAUCCUGUUAUAUCUGCAGCGGUGGCUGCGGCUGGACUUCAUCCCGACACUGACACGGAUCCUAGAGAAUUGGAAGCAUUCGCAGAAAGAUUUAAACAACGACGAAUAAAGUUAGGCGUUACGCAGGCUGAUGUAGGUAAAGCUUUAGCAAAUCUAAAAUUACCAGGAGUUGGGGCGCUUUCUCAAAGUACAAUUUGCCGAUUUGAAAGUCUUACAUUGUCACACAACAAUAUGAUUGCUUUGAAACCAAUCCUACAGGCAUGGCUGGAAGAAGCGGAGGCGCAAGCAAAAAACAAACGAAGAGAUCCAGACGCCCCCAGUGUACUUCCAGCUGGUGAAAAGAAAAGGACUUCCAUUGCGGCGCCUGAAAAACGUUCCCUGGAAGCGUACUUUGCCGUUCAACCGAGGCCUUCUGGUGAGAAAAUUGCUGCUAUCGCUGAGAAAUUGGACUUGAAGAAAAACGUGGUGCGUGUCUGGUUCUGCAAUCAAAGGCAAAAACAAAAACGUAUAGUUAGUAGUGUUACUCCAUCAAUGACUGGGCAUGGAUCAGCGGGGUUCGGAUACUGAUAGUCGUUUUUUUCUGGAGACUUUUACCUGUAGAUCUGCCACAACACAUAGCCAUGAUACAUAUUCCUGGAGAAGAAACAUUGCAAUCAACUAGCGCAGUUUUGACCAAUAAUGCAAAAUUUAACAGGGUUAAUAAAAUUCUUUUAUUGAAGAAUCUAUAUUUUCGAGAUGUAUCCCGUAGGGACGGUACUUCACUAAACCGAAGAUCCUGUGGAUAAUUAACGUGGUUCUUAUGCUUCCUUUAAAGUAAUUAAUUAAUAGAAAUACAUAAUAUGCAACGAAUUUAGUUGUUGCCAAACAAUUAGGUGUACAAAGAUAAGUAGUUUUGUAUUUACGUAGCAUGAAAUUGAAUAAACAAAUUGUAAAGUGUCGAACGUUAUUGUAAAUAUAUAUAUGUAAAUACACACUUGCAUAUACA